UUCUGCUGUGUGUGUCAUGUGUAGUGUAUGUGGGUGAUUGUUUUUAUUUUUAUUUUCAAAUUAAUGACAGGAGGUUGUAUGUGAAUGUCACAUAUUGUAAAAAGCAUUUUCACGUGAAGGGCAGUAAAUUAAAAUGGGGAACCAGCUUGUGGGAAUAGCGCCCUCACAGAUUUUCCCAGUGGAGCAUUAUUUAACAGAACAUUCAGACCUGCACUUUGACGUGAAUUUGGGAAGUACUCGAUUCUUCAAAGUAGCUCGAGCAAAAUCUCAAGAAGGAUUGAUUGUUGUGAAAGUAUUUGCCAUUCAUGACCCUACGCUGCCACUACAACAAUAUAAAGACAGAGUUGAAGAUAUUCGAAACCAGCUACAAGGUGCUGUUAACUGCAUACCUUUUCAGAAAGCUGUGUUAACAGAUAAAGCAGCUUUCCUUAUGCGAGAGUAUGUAAAAUAUAGUCUGUAUGAUCGGAUAAGCACAAGACCCUUCCUCACAGCUAUUGAGAAGAAAUGGAUUGCAUUUCAACUUCUUUAUGCUCUUCAUCAGUGCCACAAAGUUGGAGUCUGCCAUGGAGACAUAAAAUUAGAGAACAUAAUGAUAACCUCAUGGAACUGGGUACUCCUUGUUGACUUUGCAUCUUUCAAACCAACAUAUCUUCCAGAGGAUAAUCCGGCUGACUUUUCUUACUUUUUUGAUACUUCAAGAAGAAGAACAUGUUACAUAGCCCCAGAAAGGUUUAUCAAGACCUUAAAUUCAGACAUAUCAAGCCAGCUGCUACUACCAGAAGAGACAUCAAGAAGAGGAGAUCUCACACCAGCUAUGGACAUAUUUUCCGCUGGGUGUGCCCUGCUGGAGUUGUUUAAUGAAGGCCAUCCACCAUUUGAUUUCUCACAACUCCUUUCUUACCACAGUGGUGAAUAUAAUGUUUCACGGCACUUGGAGAAGCUUGAUGAUCCGGACAUAAAGAAACUUCUGCGAGAUAUGCUUCAGAGGGACCCUACAAAGCGGCAGUCAGCAGAGAUAUAUCUUGACCAACAAAGGGGUAAAGCUUUUCCUGAAUACUUUUACUCAUUCUUGCAGUCAUAUAUGCAUUUUUUCUCUGCUGCACCUAUUGUAUCACCAGAUGAGAAGAUUGCCAGAUUAAGAAAAGAUGUAAAUAACAUAAUAAAUAUUUUGAAGCCAGUACCAGAGGCUGAAAAGAGACCAGCAGAUCAAGACGACAGUGAUUCUGAUAUACCUAAUGGUUCAGAUGGCCUAGUCAUUAUUACAGCUCUAGUAACAUCCUGCAUAAGGGGUCUGCAUUAUUGUACAUCAAAAUUACAGAGUCUAGAUAUACUCUUGGAAUUGGCCGCUCACACAUCAGCUGAAACAGUUCUGGACAGGAUUCUUCCAUAUGUUUUCCAUUUGGUCCAUGAUACAUAUCCUCGUGUCAGAGUGAGGGCCAUUCAGGCACUUACAAAAUGCUUAACAAUGGUCAAAACCAUUCCAUGCAGUGAUGCCAAUAUUUUCCCAGAGUAUGUUCUACCAGGAUUGGCACAGGUAACACAUGAUGAGGCAGUCAUAGUGAGAGCAGCAUAUGCAGAAAACAUUGCAGAACUUGCAGAAACAGCUCUCAGGUACCUGGAACAUACACAGAUAUCAUCUUCACCUCAUGGCGAAGCACCACGUCCAAGCUAUGAAACUGAGCUGCAGACAUUGCAUGAAAUGAUUCAACAAACUGUUGCUAAUCUUCUCACUGACCCUCAAAAUUUGGUGAAGCAGACAUUGAUGGAAAAUGGCAUAACCAAAUUAUGUGUUUUCUUUGGUAAACAAAAAGCUAAUGAUGUGUUGCUGUCUCAUAUGAUAACAUUCUUAAAUGACAAAGAAGACAGACAUCUCCGAGGGUCAUUUUUUGACUGUAUUGUGGGAGUUGCAGCAUAUGUUGGUUGGCACUGUUCACCCAUUCUUACUCCUCUUUUGCAGCAGGGUUUGACUGAUCCUGAAGAAUUUGUUAUUGUCAAGGCUAUAAAUGCAAUGAAAGCACUCACAGAACUGAGCCUCUUGCAGAAGAGUGCAUUGUAUGAGCUCCUCAAGGAUACAACAUGUUUCUUGGUCCAUCCUAAUCUUUGGAUCAUACAGGCUGUCGUGGGAUUUUUGAGUGCUAUAGCUCGCACAUUAAAUCUUGUUGAUGUGCAGUGUAAAGUAAUGGCUGUUAUUCAACCGUAUCUUAAGAACCAAGUUAUUCAAGCUGACAAAGAGGUACUGUUGCUAAAUGCGCUGGUAUCACCAAUACCUCGACAAGUGUAUGAUGGGGUUUUGCGAUGCUCUGAUUUUGACUUGCUCAGUGAGGCAUUACAAGAGAGGCAUAACAUGCGCAGCAUGCUGCGGGCUGGCCACAUGCCUCAGCAGUCUGAGCUGCAUCCAUCUCUCAAGAACCUGUUCAGAAGACUGACAUCUGAUGGCAUGGAUGAAACAGUGGAAGAGCAGCUUUUUGCUAUGUUGCAUCACUUGAAUAAAAUUCACCAACAUCGUGUCACAGCUGAGGCAAGGAUGGCUGAGCAAAAAGCCUCUGAAGGAAAGAUUGAUUUAUCAAGCCUCAAGAAUCCAGUUCUUUGCCACACAGUUCAGCUGAAACUAGAUAACAUUAGCAAGACAGACAUUGCUGCUGCAGGAAUUGCAAGGAAAAAGCAGAGUAUCAAGAAACCACCUGCUUUGGAGUCUCACAUGACAACGAUGAAUGAAGAAUGGCAGACAAUGUUUGGGACAUCAGACCUACAAAGUCCUUCCACAAGAUAUUCCGAUGGUGGGAGUAUGUCUCCUCCAACAAGUAGCAUGACAGGAGAUGCCCAGUCAUCACCUCAGCACAGCAUUGAAGCAGACCACAGUAUUCAUGAGCGGUCUUACAUCCAAUAUCGAUGUGCGCCUUGCCGUUUGGAGUUGAGACAGUUGACAGCAAGGCGUCAGGAACUCCACCGUGUAGCACUUCAGGGACGUGAACAACUUGACGAGCAGGAAGUGUGGGAACCACCACUGUUACCUCCAACCUGGCGACUGCGGGGUGCACUUGUAGCACAUCUGCAUGAACACCGUGGUGCUGUCAACAGGUUGGUCUCGAUACCAGAGACUACACUGUUUGCAAGUUGUUCAGCAGAUGGCUACAUUCGUCUUUGGGACUGUGGCAAAAUGGAAGGUCGAAAUAUUGCUAAUCGCUCACGGCAAGUUUACAAUAGACAAGCAGGCCCCCUUGUCGGUCUCACUGUAUGUGAAGGCAAUCAGUCUCUAGGAUCUGCUUCACAAACUGGUGCAAUUUUUGUCUUAAGGGUUGAACCUAAUAGCAACAAGAUGACUGUGCUGCAGUCUCGGCAGCUUGAUUUACAAGAAGAUGGCUGUGCUGUUGAUAUGAAUUACUUUGAUUCAGGUUCUCAGUCUGUAUUGGUAUAUGCAACCAUGUAUGGUUCCAUUGUGGGUUGGGACUUACGAGCUCCUGGAAAUGCUUGGAAGCUAGAUAAUGAUCUUAAUAAAGGAGUAAUUACUUCUUUCUGCCUGGAUUCAAAACAAAGUUGGCUUACACUGGGUACAACAAGUGGAUUUCAUAUCUGUUGGGACCUUCGAUUCCAACUGCCUAUUACAUCAAUACUGCAUCCUACAGGGGCACGUGUGCGCAGGCUAGUCAGACAUCCUGUGGAACACUCGUGGGUGAUGUCAGCUGUGCAAGGCAACAAUGAGAUAUCUUUCUGGAAUCUGGAGACCCAGUUUCGUCAGGCUGUGUUGUGGGCUAGCAGUGCCCCACCACUGUCACACACACAGGUUCACCAGAACAGUGUUUGUGCAAUGUAUGCUGGAUGUGUAGACCGAUCACCAUUUGUAAUUACUGGAGGAACAGAUAUGAGAGUCAGAUUCUGGGACUUAGAGUCCCCUAAUGAGUCAUAUCUUGCUAUACCAGCUGCUAAUGAUUCUGUAACACCAUCUACAGUCUGUUAUAAGUCACGGUUAGUGGAUGGAACCAAUGUAGUGCAAGAGGUGCAGAAGCCACGAUCACAGUCUGCGGGAGUCCAGAGACAGCGCAGUAAUGAAGAGGCACCCCGCCCGGGCCCUGACCAGCCUCAGGCAGGCCAUCAUGAUUGGAUUAGUGAAGUGGCCAUGUGUCAGGCAUCACAGUGUUUCCUGCUUACUGGGUCUCGCGAUGGAGUUAUCAAGGUCUGGAAGUAGGGGUGUAAACUAGUCUUCAUGAUAGUCCUCCACUGUCUACUGUAGCCUAUACAAACUUACAAGACCUCUGUUAUUCCACGAAGGAAAUGGCUGUGAGGCAAUAAGGCGACAAUACUUCCGUUACAUUCCACAAUACAGUUGCUGUGGCUGUUGCAUUGUUCAGAGACAUUUGUCAGUCAGUCUUGUAUAUAGUAGCAUUCAUUAUGACUCUAAAUAAGCUCUCUUCAGUUCUGUUUUGAUAGUAAUGUCAUUUUCUUUCGUAGCUUUAAUUAUGUUCCCAAUCCAUAUAUAUCAUUGCUACUGUUACAUACCAUUUGCAUUCCCUUCAGUUAUUAGUGUGGGAAUUGUGCUGUUUGCUUUUAUAUUAUACACAUUGACAAAUUAAAUAUAAUAAUUAAUUGUUGACUAGGAGAACAGCAACUACAACAGAAAUGUUCUGAUAAUUUUAUAGCUUAAUUAUAUCUAAUUCCUCCUGCCCCGUUUCCUAUAAUAGUUUUGAAGAUGGUAAUGCCAUUAAUGCAAGGUUUGCAGUUUAAAAUUAUAAUGAUUAACAAUAAUGUUCAUACACAUCUCAUUUUUUAGUGUCCCUUUUCUGUUUUGACUGUUUCACUUUAUGUGAACAAGAAUUUUGUAUGAUAAAGAUUUUUUGCUAUACUUGCCUUUUUUUCAUGUCCUUUAUAGAUUAUACGCCAACUCAGAGCGCCCACACUAUGUUGGCAAGUUAUUUCGAUUACAAUGGGUUAUUCAUCCUAUCUCAAUUUCCGUACUCAAGUAAAUGUGUUUAACUUGACCUCAGAGACUGCUUGGUGUUAUGCUUUUGUUCCAAGGAUAAUUUUCUAUAAAACUUCAUAUUUAUAGAGAGAAUGUCAUUUGAAUUAUUAUUCUGAAGCUGCUGUGUACCUAAGUUGCAUUUUAGGGAAACUUGUUAUGGUAACACAAUUUGAAGUGUUUUUAUAAUCUGCGAUUGUACUAAGCCAAGUUCUAUUGAAUAAUUUGCCUCAGAGUUAUGUUUCUCAGGUUAAAGACCUUACUGUGGUUGCCAUAAUUCGCAAACUGUUUUAUCCUUUAUUCAAUCAUGUCUCGAUAUUGAAUGCUUGACAGGCUGUUGUGUAACCAUUCUUUUAAAACGUGAUUUGAAGACCUCUUUUCUAAAUGUAGUAAGUCAACAGCGAUAGAAAAAUUUAAAGUCUUUUUGAGAUUGAGGGGAUACUAUUUAAUUAUCCUUGAGGAAGGUAUCUUUUAGUUAUGACUGACAUUUUUCCUACCAAUCCCUGUUCAUGAAAAGGUAAUUUUAUUGUUGUAAAUACAUGAAUAAAAUUAUUUAUUUUCAUUAUGUAGCUAUCAUAAAGUAACGUGACCAAAGUAACGCAUCUAGGUUGCUCGGCACACAAGACUUGCAAUAUCAACUAUUUUCAUAGUAAUUCAUUAGCAACUUUAUCAAACAAAUGUUUUCACUGACUUACUAUUUACCAUAUUUAUGUGCUUGUGUUAAGAAUCCAUUUGAGAAAAUAUGCUAGCACAGAAACUAUCAGAAGAGUGAUUUUUUUUUUUUUUUUUCAUAUUUGUGUCUCCUGGAUGUGUAGUAAAUCAAAAUGAAAAUAAUGUUCCUUUUGUUUGCCAGUAUUUUCAUUUUUUUACCUAGGGAAAUACUUUUUAUAGCUCACUAAAUGAUAUUCUUACAUUGAUGAUAAGACUGAAACAAUUUUUGAACAUCACUGAAAAUUGCAUACAAUUUGUUUUUCUUAUUAUUGUAGUAGUUUGUAUUAAUGUCUGUGAUAAUAAAGUAGUACCAAAAAUCAUUGGUACAUAUACUGUCCAGAUAUAUUACUAUGUAUAUAUGUGAACUGUGAGUAAUACAAUGUCUUUUUUUUUUGGUAAUAAAUGAUAUUAACAGUUACAUUAUUGUUUCAACACCCUCAACUGUGAAUGACAGAAGCAUUUGGUGAAAUCUGGCUGAUGAGAACAAGGGCACGCAUACAAAGUUUUGUAGGUGGUGGGCCUUGACCUGGAGGUAUUUUUAAUAUAGUGGAAGACGAAUGGUGACUUGUAAGUACCAUAAGUAAGUUAGAAAGAGAAUUUUGUUUCUUAUUCCUACAAAUACUUCACUCAAUGAUAUUACAUGGUCAUCUGAUAGUCAUAUUAUUUAUUAAAGGAAUUCAUUGUCACAAUGCAGGAACACUUUUCGAGGGGGCAGCAUUGUUUGUUGACCAAAUAUGCUGCAUUAUUCUGCAGCAAUAAGAUAUCUAAAUCUGUCAUUAUCUUUGCACAAAUGCAUCUGCAUGUUGUUGCUUAUACAGGGCUCCAACAAAACCUCUAGUGUGAUAAUGGAUACCAGAGUGGCUCAAUCUGAGUGUUUUUACUUCUUGGAGGAGUGGUGGGACUAAAAAGUAGAGACAAGUAAGGAGCUGGGCAUUGUAACAAAAAGGAUUAGAUAGAGAUUAGUAUUCCGUAUUUAUUUUGGUGGUUAUUCAUUUUAGCUAGUAAGAUACAAAUAUGUACGUGAAUUUAAUUUUUUAAAAAUAUUUGAUGAUAAUACAUGACAGUUGAAACCACUGCCAUUAAUUAAAAUUAUGGUUUGAUGAGUAGUUAGUUUAAAAAUGGGACAGAAAAAUUUAAAAAAGACAUGAUCAACAGUGUAAAGUUGAGGAUGGUAUAACAACAAUAUGGAUAGAAUAGAUUGUUAGUCUGUUAGUCACCUUUCAGAGGAGAUGUUGAGUCAU